ACAAUAAAGUUUAAGUAUUUUUAAUCACUUUUUUUAUUGCAGCAGUCUAGAAAUUGUGAAUGCCUAACUACUUUAAUUUUUGGCUUGUACAAGCAGAACAUUUAUCAUAAUGAGCCAUUUGUCUGGGAAAAGUUUAUACUAUUAGUAUUUUGAUACUUAUGUCAUUCCAAAAGAAAAACAAUGUGUCUGACUUCCUUAUUUUUGACUGCUAUAAAAAGAGUAUUUUUUUAUUAGUCCAUUACCAAAGCUAUUUGGAAAAGUUGUUUUAAGUAAAAUUGAAGAUGACAGCAAAUUUUAAAAAUUCGCUGUGGUUGAAUUUCUUGAUGAAAAAAAAAAAAGUUUGUGUGCCAUGGACGUUAUCUGUUCGUCAUGGCAGAUCAAUGAAAGUUUAGUGUUUUAGCCCAAUCAUUUGGGAUCAUCUCGCCUUUUAACUGCCAUACGCGAAGCCACACUUACUCCUGAAAGUAAUUGGAAACAGUUAAAAAUAAGAAUUCUUUAUUAUUCUGACAGUUAUGAAACUGCUGUAGAACGAAUGGAAACAUUAGAAUUCACAUCAAGCAUUGAAACAGCUGCUGAAAGUGAUGAAGAAUUGUCUAUGCCACCAGCUAAAAAGUUAGCAGUUUGCAAUACAAGUGACACUGAGGUUAAUCCAUCAGUUUCCCCAAGAUUGAAGAAAUCUUUUAAUUGCCAAAAUAUUUUACAACCCACAACUGUUCGAUAUAUUGAGCCAUUUAGUUCGAAUCAUUCUAUACUGAUAUCUUCCUCUUCUGACCAGAGCUUGGCAACUGUUGUGGCUGCUUUAGGCACCCAAUUUUCUGCAUUUGAGAAGAAAAGUUUAGAGCUGCUUGUCAGUAUUCAAUAUGAUUUGAAAAAGUUAAACACUCGCCUAAUCAAUUUAGAAAAAAGCUUAGUGUUUCCUUCUGCUGUUAGCAAUCAGAGCAUAGCAGGACCAUCCCCAUCAGUUCAAUGGAAUUAUUUGCCUGUUAAAGAGGAAAAAGAACUUUUAGACCUGGAUGAAAAAUUACAGAACAAAGACACCUAUGAAUCUUUGAUGAACUUCCUUGCAUCGGUUGGAGGCGACGAUUACAAGCAACUUACCACGGCUAUUUUAAAACAACUAUUGACUAAAAAGGUAUGCUUGUUAUAUUCUUUGUAUGGCAGGAAACAAAAGAAAUCCUUUUCGUCUCUUACGUCCUGCAAGGUGGUUAUAGCUGCAAUAAAAAAAAAGUUUGAAAACGCUAAUGAUAAAGGCAUUAAAGAAAGAAUCGGCAGCUUUCUGGCUACGGCCAUUGAUAGAGACGGCGGAAGAAAGAACAGAACCGCAAUUGAGCAAAGCCCACUUUUGAGCGAUGAAAAUGAAUGUCGCAAAGAUUGUAUCUGAUAGUGAGAGUGUAA